AUGGAUUACCUCAAGACCUGGGGUUCAGCGGCAGUCUCUACCAUCGUUAGCAAGUCGGGGCUGAACCUCCCCUUCACUCUCGGCCCGAAAGUCUACACCAAUCCGAUCUGGACGCUGUACGAAGGCACGAAACGGGAUGACGGCUCGCAAGUCUCGAUCUUCGAGUACGACUUCAACGAUAGCAAUCGGCGGAAUACGAAACCGCUUGCGAAGAACGCGCUGAGGAAGCUUCGGACGACGCGACAUCCGGACGUGCUCAAGUUCAUGGAGGUGGUUGAGUCGGAGACCUCGAUACUGCUCAUGACGGAGCGUGUUGUACCGCUGCAGACCGCCUUGGCGAACAGGAGGGGGACGGGAGCGCAAGAGAAGGAGGAUUGGUUGGUCUGGGGGCUCCACAGAAUAUCAGUCGCUCUCGCUUUCUUAAACGAUACAGUUGGCUCUACACAUGGGUACCUGCGCCCGGAUUCUGUCUUGAUCACUCCUUCUGGCGAAUGGAAGCUCGGCGGAUUCGAGCUGUUGAGCAACCCGACGGAGGAGUCCCCCGUACUCUAUACUAUGGGCGGCCUUGCACCCGAUGCGAACACAUGGGCCUCCCCUGAAGUCCAGAAAUCCGGAUGGGAGGUACUAAAGUCAGGCAAUCCAGCUGCCCUCGAUGCUUACGAUCUCGGCCUCCUCAUACAUAUCCUCUUCAACCCCGAUGCCUUUCCACCAGCCACCGCCAGCCCACCACAUCCGCCGCCAAAUCCAUCAUCUCGAGGCGCCAUCCCCAACUCCAUCUUCCCUUCCUACAAGCGGUUACUGAACCCGAAUCCGGGUGCAAGACUCACGCCAAAGGGCUUCUUGGAGAUCGGAAUGGGCUCAGAAAAGGGCUUCUUUGCGGGCAACCGGCUCGUGCAGGUGUGCGCUGGGCUUGACAACUUUGCCCUGAGUAGCGAGGCGGAUAAGGCGACGCUUUUGAAGUCAUUGAAGGACUCUGCUGGCUCCUUCCCCACCGAGUUUGUCUCGCACCGCAUAUUACCCGCCCUAGUAUCCGCGCUCGAGUUUGGCGGAGCGUCUGCCGCGUCUAUCCUCCCUUUGGUGCUGCAGUUCGGCAAGAAUGUGCCACCGAAGGACUAUCCCGACGUGAUUCUGGCGCCUCUUGUGAAGCUGUACGCAAGUCCGGACCGUGGCACUCGUAUGGCGCUACUCGAACAUCUGCCCGAGUAUGCAGAGCACCUGGACAAGAAGACGGUGGAUCAGAAGAUCUUCGUGUAUCUUAAAACCGGCUUCGACGACACCGUCGCCGUCAUACGAGAAGCUACCGUCAAGUCGCUGCUCCUCCUCGCGCCCAAACUCAGCGACCGCACCCUCAACAACGACCUCCUCCGCUACCUCGCCAAGAUGCAACAGGACCCCGAGCCCUCCAUCCGCACCAACACCUGCAUCCUCAUUGGGCGCCUCGCCCCGAGCCUGGGGUACAACACAAAGCGCAAGGUGCUCGUGCCCGCGUUCACGCGCGCGCUAAAGGACGCGUUCGUGCACUGCCGCGUCGCGGGGCUGAUGGCGCUGAUGGCGACGAGCGACUGUUUUGACGCAGAGGAGGUGGCGACAAAGGUGAUCCCGAAUAUGAGCUUUGCGAUGGUGGAUAAGGAGAGGCUUGUGAGGGAUCAGGCUUUCAAGGCGAUGGAGCUGUAUGUGAAGAAGUUGGAGAAGCAUGCAGAGACGAUGCCUGAGACCGUGUUACCUCCGCCAGGGUCGCCGGAAGCCUUGGCCGCCGCGAACGGUAACUCCACGCAGGCACCCUCUACACAGUAUACAAUGGCCAGCACAGCGGCAGGUGCAGCGGGCUCACUUGCAGGCUGGGCGAUGUCGUCCAUCACUAGCAGGGUAUGCUCCUUUUCACGCGCCACGCAAAACCGUGUACUGACGUUUUCUUCAGCUUGCUCCAGCAGACAUGCAGAGCACCAUCGCCUCCACCGUCGACCGCCCAACUUCUGCGCCACCGCCUCCAGGAGGCUUCCCGAGCGACCCGUACCCUCUCAGCGUAAAGCCCGCCAACGGUAUCCCUGGACUGUCGCGCGCGAACUCGGUCGCGGGAGCUGCGCCGACGCAGGCUUCGCGGCCGGGCCAGAAGACGAAGGGCAUGCAGCUUGGUGCGAGCAAGGUUCCAGCAAACAUCUUGGCAGAAGAACUUGCGCAAGAGGUCGCGGCGGAAGUUGCUGCUGA